AUGUCAUUUUUUUUAUAUAAUUUAUCUACAUGGUACAAAAUAGAAUUAUUUGCUACAUCAUUAUUAGUAUUAUUAAAUGUUUUUAUACCUAUUUUAACAUCAUUAUCGUCAUAUAGAAGUAUAAUUAAUUUUUAUUUUUCAAGUGCCGCAUUAUCAAGUUCAAUAGCUAAUUCGUUAUAUAUUUAUUAUCUAAUACAAAUAUUACGUUCAAAAACAUUAACAGAAUCAAAUUGUCGAGCCAUUUAUUAUCUACAAACAUCUUGUUCAGUUGUUUUAGCUUAUACAAUAAUUGCUAUGCAGUUAAACUUUCUCAUUUGUUUAUUAUCAUCAUCAUCAAAUCAAAAUAAUCAAAAAACAACGACAACAACAACAUUAUCAUCAUCAUAUUUAAAAUCCGGAUCACCAACAGAUUCUUCUUAUAAUGAUAAAAGUUCACGUACGACUAUGCAUAGUCUAUUUAUGUGCUCAAUGAAAUUUUUACGUCGUUUUUGUUUUUGUUUUGUAAUAUGUGUAUGGGGUAUUAGUUUUACGGCAACAAUUCCCCUUUUAUAUUCAAUUGAUUCAAAUGAAAAAAAUCCUAAACCUGUCUAUUGUCCGGGAACUAAAUUAACUGUUGCCGAAGAAUGGUUUGAUGAAAGUCGUUUAAUACAAAGUAUAUUGUUCUAUUUGGUACCAUUUAUAAUUAGUUUAUUGUUAACUAUGAUAGCAUUGCUCAAAUUAUUUAGUGAUUAUCUAAUAUAUAUUUUUCAAAAUUGUUUUUAUCAUUUUUCAUCACGUCAUACAAGUAGAAAAAAAUCUAUAUCUAUGAAAAUAUCAAAAAAAUCAAAUGAUGGAUAUAAUUGUUUUUGUUGUUGUCAUCAAAUUCGAACAUUUUCAUAUUAUGAUACACCACCAUCGAUACGUUAUUCAAGUUCAAUAAUAUCAAAUUUAGGCAUUAUAGCUAAUAAUAAUGCAUCAAUUCCAAUAUCAGAUCAACAAUGGGUACCAUCUUCUCCAUCAUCUUCUACAUCAUCAUUAUCUACUCCGUCUUGUUCAUCUUGGUGUUCAUCAUCCUUUUUAAAAUUUUUACUUGUUUUAUCGUGUAAUGUUUUGGCUACAAUUUAUCCAAUAGCUCUUCGUUUUUAUCUCGUCUAUUUUUCUAUUUUAAUUCCAUUAAUAUUUGCCAUAUUAAAUUAUUCACUAAAUAAUUUAGUUGUAAAUACAAAUGAUAUCACAUCGAUCACAACAACGCCAACAAACAUAGCUAUAGUACAACCGAGUACAAUGAUCAGUUGUUAUAAAAAGACAAAUAUACCAGUUCAAACAGAAAAACAAUUACGAAAAAAAUCAAAUAUUAAUGAAAAUACAGUUACCUCAAAUCUCUUACCAAUGAAAAAUAUAUCUUCUACAAAUGAAAACGAUAGUGUUGGAGGAGAAGAUGAGGACGAAAAUGAUGAUAACGAAUCGAUAACUUAUGAGCGACAACAUUUUUUAUUUCCGUCCUCUUUACAUUCUUCAUACUCAGGAACAACGAAUACAGCAGCUAAAGAUAUAACUAGUAUUCGACAAAAUCAACAAAAACAGUAUCGUCGAAACUUUAGAUAG